AUGGCACCUCUUUCUUUUGCCGCCAUCACAAACUUUUCAAGGUUCACUCGUUUAUUGGGAAACAGGUUUCGUGUAGCAUCUAUUAAUAAUAAACCUUUGUCGCGAAAUGUCUCUACAGCACAAGUUACAGAACAAGCUACGGCGACCGCGAAGAGAGCUCAAAGCUCGAUAGAGAAAAUAAGUGCUCUCCAAAAGCCAAUAGUCGACAAUGCCCUGGUGGCCAAAGAAAUCUUCAAGGAAGUAUGGACAAAAGAGGGAUUAGCGCCCCCCAAUAUGACACAACUAGAUGAAGCACGAAAUUUCUUUGCGAAACAUUUCGAUGAACUUCGUACACUUAAAUCGAAGAAAUUUCAGUCGCAUAGUAGCCGUGAUUAUGCAGCAUUUGCGAUUCGUUCGGUUGAAGUUGCUGGAUUCUUUUUUAUCGGGGAAAUAAUUGGUCGCGGAAGUUUGGUUGGGUAUAAUGUGUAA